UCGUGCACUUUUUUGUGUUGGUGACAAAGUGACUCCUGGGUCUCGAACACACCCCAAAAUACCCAGAGAGCAUCAUCAAUGGAAGAACCAACGCCACCGACCCAAAUCCCAAAUCCUCCUCCGAACGCAGUCGAAACUCCCCCUCAUCUUCAUCCAAAGACCAAGAAGAGACCCCUCGACAGUGAUGCCCAAAUCCCCAACUCCGGCUACUUCAAAAUUCGUGCCGUCCUCAGAGACAUUCGUCCUAAUGUUCUUGAGGUUCUCCGGACCCCUGACUUUCAGAAGUGUAAGGCAGCCAACGAAAUUCAAGAACAGGUGAAGCUUCUGAUGGAACUAUACAAACAGAUGACAGCACAAGCACUUUCCGCACCAAGAUGUGACAAUGUGCCAGAAGGGCAGCUUUCAUCUGCUGCGCCAUCAGAACAUAAUCUUCCUUCAGGUAUAUCUGGUCAGAAGCAGCAGGUUGAAGAUGAACAAAAUAAAGGGACUUAUGUUGUUGGAGGAUCAGCUUUUGGCUGGAACUUCAUCACCUUUUCCACCACGGAACCAGUCUAUUAUGGUAUGACAAAGGAGUCAUUUCGAGCACAAGCAGCAAAGCUGACAACUGCAUAAUCCUACAGCACUAUGGGCCGUUGAAAUACAUUAACAAUGAGUAAAAAAUGUUCUCACUGCUAUGAUGAUGUUUCCUGAAUGGAAUUUAGACAUUGGCUGUUUAUGCUAGAAGAAAUUCCUGAAGCCUACCCGCUAUAUUAGUAUAAUGGGACUUAAGCUGAUAAUUUGAUCAAUUGCAUUGGGUGAAAGUUUUCAUUAAUAGUAGUUGUUAGUUCUUAGCACCCCUUUAUAUAUCAAAGGGGAUCACCCAGUAAGAAUGUUGUAAAACUCUGAUUUGUUUGGUAUGUCAUCUUCUUUUACAUGAAAUCCUUUGGGAGCUACAGUUA